AAACAUCAGCCUGUGAGGCAGCAGUGGCGCAAACAUCAGCCUGUGAGGCAGCUGUUCUUCACAGGCACCAAAGUCACUUGCACGACCAGCACCAGAGAUAUUAGAAAAGUAUCAAUGCCAGCACCCUCCUUAUUAGGUUUCCCAUGAUGCAAUGACUAUCUGUCAUGGCUGCACACUGAUGUCACUCACAGUACAUGGGUUGAAAUACACAAAUGUAUACCAUUGAGUUGAAAUAACCUACAUUACAGCAGUAAGGGUAUAUAUUGUCAAUUUACAAUUAUGCCGAUCCCGGUUGGAAACAGUAUUGACUUCAUUGUAAGACUGCUGCAAAUCACAUUUGGGGAUGUUGCGGGACGCUGAGAUUCCCGUGCUCCGGGGUUUUCUGAAACCAAGCGGCGAGGCAACUGAAUGGAAGCAGAAUGUUUUCAGCGCUGCAGAGGUGGGUCCUGUGCUGCAGUCCGUUUGAACGGGACUUUGAGGCGGUGCUGCUGAGUUCUCAGGUCCUGGACCUGCUAGGUGGAGGAGACCGCAGCGAUGGAGAUGCCAUUGAUGCCUACCUGAAGAGACGGGUCCUGGCCUACCUCGAUAACAGCACAGAGGAGGACAAGGCUGACGGGUAGAAACAAUAUCUGGGGAGAUUGCCCUGUUGGCCCAGGCGGUCGCCAGCCUUCACCUCUUUGUCAGAGUAACUGGACAGGUCCCCCUGUCACCAUCCAUGUCCCUGACCUGCUAACCCAGGCCCUGCUAUCCUCAUUCACUGAGGUGAGGAGAGAAGUUUCCUCCUGCGCCUGGUGGAGACACCUGAUUGGUGGACUUAAUCACAUAUUACAACAGACGAAGCUGCCAUUUCAGGCAUCACUUCGGGGGACAGGGCAGCAGAGCCACAACAUAUCCUUGAUCUUUUCCUCAACCUUAUGCCAGUCUUGGUCCCCUCUGUCAUAUCGCUCUACUUCCCAGCCUGGGGCCCUGACCUCAGCCCUGCUCGGCAGUCUUCUACUGGAUGGAGAGUCUGUGUAUAGACUGGUAUGGAACCCCUUCCUGCUGCUAGCCAGCGGCAAACUGGUCAACUGUACUAUCAAGCUGGACAGCCUUCAGUAAUGACGUGUGAGCCUCUGUUCUCUGAUGGAACCCACCAGAACUGUCCAUCCAGUUCCACCAUGAAUGUGGCUUCACCUCUCUGACCUACUAUGAGAACAACCCAGCCAAGGAGCACUUCCAACGGGCCAAGGAACUCUCCUCAUUGGCCUAGAGAUGAACAUGAUAGAACUUCCUUGCCCAGCUGAUCCUGGAUGUCAAGAGUAAGGAGGGUACCCCAGCUCCCGAGCUAGACGUUGAGCUGACCCUCUCCCCCACCCCACUGGCCUGCCUGCCCAAGCACUGAUUUCUAGAAGAACAACCCUAUCCAUAAGCUGACUGAAGAAGAGCUCCUGGCCUUCACCUCACUUUCUUGGUUAGUUUGGACCAUGGUAGUUUGGUGAUGUGGACACCAAAGAUCUUGAAGCUCCCACUACAGUCCCGUCGACGUAAAUGAGGACAGUGCAUCUAUCUCAGCCCAAGUUCUGGGCUGUGGUGACGGCGCUGUGUCUAAGGACCAGCUCUCGACGGGUGGAGGGGACCAUGAUGCAGAGGACAAUGAUGCAGACACAGACUAUAGUGGAUUGCUUUGAGAAGAGCUGUCCUGUGACUCAGCGUCUGAAACUCUUCUACUGCUGCCAGGCUCCUCCCAGGUGGGCUGUCCAGAAGCAGCUGGCCAACCUGCUGACAGACCUGGGCUGCACCAGCUCAGCCCUGCUAAUCUACGAGAAGCUGGAGCUGUGGGAGGAUGCUGUCAUCUGCCUGGAGAGGAUGGGCCAACAUGGCAAGGCAGAGGAGAUCCUGCGUAGGGAGCUGGAGAAGGAGUCCCCCAGUCUGUACUGCUUGCUGGGGGACGUGCUGCUGGACCACCAAUACUACAACCAGGCCUGGGAGCUGUCAAACCAUCGCAGCGCAUGCGCCAUGCGCUCCAAGGCCCUGCUAUACCUCCGGGCCAAGGACUUCUAACAGUGUGUGGAGUGCUUCAAGAAGUCACUCCGCAUCACCACUAUGCAGAACGCAGAGGCGUGGAACAACCUCUCCACGGCCUACAUCCGCCUGAGACAGAAGACCAAGGCGUUCCACAACCUGCAGGAUGCUCUGAAGUGUAACCACGAACACUGGCAGACCUGGGAGCACUUCAUCGCUGUCUGCACCGGCGUUGGAGAGUUUGCAGAGGCCAUCAAGGCCUACAACCGCCUCAUGGACCUGAGGGACAAAUUCAAGGAUGUACAGAUUCAAGAGUUCCUGGUGCAUGCGGUGGUGGAGGACAUGAUGGAUAACCAUGGCGACCAGGCCUCGUCCCUGCGGGCCAAGAUCCAGGAGCUCCUGUCCCGCCAUAGCAUCGACGCUGAGAUCUGGCGUCACUACGCCCUGCUGUAUGGAGACGGACAGAGCACCAGGCCUGGUGACGAGUUAGCGUUGCAUUUCCUGUCCAAGGCCCAUCGCUGUGAGGUGCAGGCCAGAGGCUUGGAGAAAAGGUCUGGGACCUUCAUGGAGGUUAUAAAGAGAGCCAUAGAUCUGGCCAACGUGACCCUCGGCUGUAGUAAGAAGAAGAGUAACCCCCAGGAGUCAUUGCAGAUGUUGUUCUCCAUUCAUCUCGCCACCAAAGCGAAGCCACUGCACGCAGAUGUCGCAACUGGCGACAUCCAUGGCGACCUGAGUGAUGAUGUCAAAGAGCUUGAGCAGCUUAUCACGGAGCUGCGCAGAGAAUCAGCAUGAAUGCCUCGCUAUAGACACACCUCGAAGGACUCUAAAGACCUCCUACAGCAAACUUGUCCCAGAGCAGACAUGGCUACAAGGGACGCUGUCAGGGGACCUGCACCCAUCACCCUCUUCCUUGCCAAGGGGACUUAACUGGAUACAUUUGUAUAUACAAAGUGUAAUUUUGUAUAGUUCCCCCUUGAGGUAUGUGCUAUUUGUUGUGUAAAGCAUGGUUGAGGAAUUGCUAGCUCAAUCAUGUUAUGAACUCUACGGAAUCUAAAGAAAUCACAAAAUGUGUACAACCAUACAUUGUACAAAGAUGAAGCUUUAUGAUCAUAGAACCACGCUUACCUUAUUGUUAGUAUGUACUAGUCAUAACCCACUCCCCCAGGCGCAGUGAGAGCUUUGCAGAUGAGAAAUGUAAGCAUGUGGGCCAAAUAUAAGAGCGAUGCAGACGCACAACAGGAGAGUGUGGACACACACACUCAUCACCGGGGAAGCAGCGGGCCAUGAAAGUGUCAUCUCGCCUCGCUCACACAGAACAGACUCCAUGGAAGAAGAACAGACUCUGCACAGCUAACUCAUCAUGCUCAGGGGCUACAGACAGAGAUCCUACACUCUUCUCCUCUUGGGUUUUCUCUCCGAAAGGAAAAUGACCUUGACAUUGCCUUUGUUUUAUCAUACUUAUUGUUUUAUUGAUAUUGUACAGGUUUUUUCUUUGCCUAUGCCUUUGUCAAGGACUGUCUCUGCCUUGCUUUGAAGUAAAGUCCCACAGUGUGGGUGACUGACAAAGGAGGAAAUGACUUUUAUACGAGUAGAUAUGUACAUGUGUUAUGUCACAGCUGUAGUCCUCUUUCAUGUUGUUAGUUUUUUGCGAUUUGGUGAUCAUUUCUGGAUUGGGAAGGAAGUGUGCGUCACCCUUAAGUAUACUGUAUGUUUGUUUACCUUCCAUCUUUUCCACAGUUUGUGAUCACACAACUUGUUUGCAUACCAAACCACUCGAUCAGAACCAGAUUUCUGGCCCAAAAUGUCAGUAAUUUAAUAAAAAUGUAAAAUAAUGGUCA